AAUCCACCUCUCCGCCUGUGCAACACACACUUUACACACGCACGGGGGACUGACUGCAAGCGGGCAGCAUCGAUCGUGGCUCCUUUAAGACAAACUCAGACAGACAUUUUUUUUUUUAACCCUCCUCCUCUAAUCUCUCUCCAGUGCAGCAGUUGCAAAGAGGGAGAGAGAGAGAAAGAGAGAGAGAGAGAAAGAGAAAGAGCGAGCUGAGCGAGAGAAGAGAGAAACUGAUUAGGAAUUGGGACCGAUUCUAAGGGAAGCGAGCGCUAGGGCUUUGUGCAUUUGAAUAUUAACAUUUGAGGUGUUCUGAGCAGAAGAAGACAGAGCAGCGGAUGAUCAUUCAUCCACCACGUUGACAACCUCGUCCGUGAUUGACAGCCGGAGUGGCAGAAAGCCAUGAGAUUUGGUAGUUGGGUCUAAGGGGCGCUUUUUUGUUUUUUUGGUUGUUUUUUUUUUUUAACUGAUUUUUUUUUUUUGGAGGGGGGAGAGAAGAUCUGCUUUUCUUUCCUUUUCUUUUUUUUUUUUCUUCUUUUCUUUUUAUUUUUUUUUUCUUUCCCCCGCUGGUGUCUUGGAAACGGAGCGCUUUUAUGCUCAGUGACUCGGGCUCUUUGCUUCAGGUCCCGUAGACCGAAGAUCUGGGACCAGGAGCUCACGUUGCUGGAGACGUUAAGGGAAUUUUUUUUUUUCGUCCUGCUUUUUUAACAAAACAUUUUUCCGGGGGAGUUUGCGUAUUUGUUCCUUUUCACACUGGCCUUAAAGAGGAUAUAUUAAAGUUGAAGUAGGAAGGGAGGCCGAUGGCGCAAAGGUACGACGAUCUGCCCCAUUAUGGGGGCAUGGAUGGAGUAGGCAUCCCCUCCACGAUGUAUGGGGACCCGCAUGCGGCCAGAUCCAUGCAGCCAGUCCACCACCUGAACCACGGGCCUCCUCUGCACUCGCAUCAGUACCCACACACAGCUCACACCAACGCCAUGGCCCCCAGCAUGGGUUCCUCCGUCAAUGACGCUUUAAAGAGAGAUAAAGAUGCCAUUUAUGGACAUCCCCUCUUCCCUCUCUUAGCACUGAUUUUUGAGAAAUGUGAAUUAGCUACUUGUACCCCCCGCGAGCCGGGGGUGGCGGGCGGGGACGUCUGCUCGUCAGAGUCAUUCAAUGAAGAUAUAGCCGUGUUCGCCAAACAGAUUCGAGCAGAAAAACCUCUAUUUUCUUCUAAUCCAGAACUGGAUAACUUGAUGAUUCAAGCCAUACAAGUAUUAAGGUUCCAUCUGUUGGAAUUAGAGAAGGUACACGAAUUAUGUGACAAUUUCUGCCACCGGUAUAUUAGCUGUUUGAAAGGGAAAAUGCCUAUCGAUUUGGUGAUAGACGAUAGAGAAGGAGGAUCAAAGUCAGACAGUGAAGAUAUAACAAGAUCAGCAAAUCUAACUGACCAGCCCUCUUGGAACCGAGAUCAUGAUGACACUGCAUCGACCCGUUCAGGAGGAACCCCAGGCCCUUCCAGUGGUGGCCACACAUCACAUAGUGGGGAUAACAGCAGUGAGCAAGGUGAUGGCUUGGACAACAGUGUAGCUUCCCCCAGCACAGGUGACGAUGAUGAUCCAGAUAAGGACAAAAAGCGUCACAAAAAGCGUGGCAUCUUUCCCAAAGUAGCCACAAAUAUCAUGAGGGCGUGGCUGUUCCAGCAUCUAACACACCCUUACCCUUCUGAAGAACAGAAGAAACAAUUGGCACAAGACACGGGACUCACCAUCCUUCAAGUGAACAAUUGGUUUAUUAAUGCCCGGAGAAGAAUAGUGCAGCCCAUGAUAGACCAGUCCAACCGAGCAGUAAGUCAAGGAACACCUUAUAACCCCGAUGGACAGCCAAUGGGAGGUUUUGUAAUGGAUGGUCAGCAACACAUGGGAAUCAGGGCACCAGGGCUGCAAAGUAUGCCAGGGGAGUAUGUAGCCCGGGGUGGUCCAAUGGGUGUGAGUAUGGGACAGCCAAGUUAUACCCAGCCCCAGAUGCCCCCCCAUCCUGCUCAGCUGCGUCAUGGGCCCCCCAUGCAUACGUACAUUCCUGGACACCCUCACCACCCAACAGUGAUGAUGCAUGGAGGACCGCCCCACCCUGGAAUGCCAAUGUCAGCAUCAAGCCCCACGGUUCUUAAUACAGGAGAUCCAACAAUGAGUGGACAAGUGAUGGACAUUCAUGCUCAGUAACUUAAGGGAAUAUGCAUUGUCUGCAAUGAUGACUGAUUUCAAAUCAUGUUUUUUCUGCAAUGACUGUGGAGUUCCAUUCUUGGCAUCUACUUUGGACCAAGGAGCAUCCCUAAUUCUUCCUAGGGACUCUUAAAAAGCAGGAAAUACCAACUGAAGUCGAUUUGGGGGACAUGCUAAAUAACUAUAUAAGACAUUAAGAGAACAAAGAGUGAAAUAUUGUAAAUGCUAUUAUACUGUUAUCCAUAUUACGUUGUUUCUUAUAGAUUUUUUAAAAAAAAAUGUGAAAUUUUUCCACACUA